UCCACUCGUCACGACGAAGACGAAGAGACGGGACGACAUUGGCGGCGUUGUUGUUGUUUGUUGUUGUUUGUUGUGCGUUGUGUGUGGAGGAGAGGCCCUGUCGUCACAACAACAACAGCAGCAGCAGCAGGCCGAGCGAGUGUAAACAGAAAUUAGUUUUGAAGAUACAUUUCACGGGUCACGCCUGCACGAAGCUCAACCUCACCACGUAUGAACCAGACUACAAGGCCAUCAGCAAAACCUUGCAGCACCAGAAGUCGCAUUGAAAGUGCCGUGGGACAGAAUGUCGAUGGAAAUUCUCGACUUCGGCUCGGAUUCUUCCGAGUACCGGAUGGACUUUACCGACUCGGAGGCCGUGGAGCCUUGCCGUACCAUGGACAGCCUGGACCUUCUCGGAGAGGGGGUGGGGGUGGAUGUGUUUGCGGCGGUCGAGUCGCUUCUGCGCGACGACGGUUUCCUGGGAGGAUGGGACGCGAAGCAGAACGGCGGUACCACUGACAUCCUUGGAGAGCAAGACCUUGAGCUGGAGAGCUUCUUCGAUUCGCUCUUUGCUGGUGACGACCAGGGGUCGUCGCCACCCCUGUCGGUGUCGUCCGGCACGUCCCCUGAGUCAUCCCCGCAGCCAUGCGUGGCACCGCUAAGCAGUGUCGACAGUGUGUUGGUGGACCACUGUUACCACAGCAAUGGCAACGAGCAAGGAGUCCGCUCACCCAGUCAGAGUAGCUCAGCCGACCAAUCGGAUAGCUCAGAGGAGCUGGAAGGUGUGGUCACGGAAAUUCCAAACCAUGAUUAUCAAGCGACGACUGUCGACAUAUCGGACAUUGAUGACAUUUGCGCAGAAGUAACAUCUCAAGUGGACCUUCCCACGACGCCGUCCUUUGCCUCAACUCUGUGCGCCUUAGUGUAUCCCUUCAGAGCCCGAACCACCUCCCAGCAAGUGGAGAAUGCGAUGACGUGGCCCAAGCUGGUGCUGUCUGAGGAAGAGAAGAAGUUGCUUUCCGAGGAAGGUGCUGACCUGCCCACGGAUCUCCCUCUUACCAAGGCGGAAGAGCGCGUGCUGCGAAAGGUGCGCAGGAAGAUUCGCAACAAAAUCUCGGCGCAGGAGAGCCGGCGCAAGAAAAAAGACUACAUGGAUGGGCUGGAGAGCAGGGUGGCGACAUGCACGGCUCAGAAUGUGCAGCUGCAGAAGCGAGUCGAUCAGCUGCAGAAACAGAACAUGUCCCUUCUGGCCCAACUGAAAAAGCUGCAGGCGUUGGUGCGGCAGACAACAAACAAGAAUGCGCCUACAAGCACGUGUAUCCUCGUGUUUGUGCUCUCCUUUGCACUGAUUCUCUUCCCGAGCAUAAACCCCUUUGGUGGAAAACAAGAUUCUGGCGUGGAACCUGCAAUAUCAGGAGUGAGGACACGGACAUUGAAGUCUGACCCGUACGUGGCAAACGCCAAGGACAUGAACGUGCCGCCCUCCUUGGAGAUGGAGAAAUCAUUUCAGGGUAUGGAUUGGCCGGACGGUGGGGUGCAUCUCUACGGGACAGAUGCUGACGAACCGACCGUGGAGCUGGAUGGCUGGACUGACGAUGAGUUGAUGUUGAACGGCAGCUUCGUGGUGACGCACGCAAACAAGACGGUCGUUGACGUUGCCAAGAUACUACACGCGGAUGAGAUGUGACCCACGAUUCGAAGAACGUCGUAAAUGUUUAUCCCCCUGCAUUUUCAUUGUCUCACAGUGUGUGGUGGUCUUCCAUUUUUAUUCGCGUGAAGCAUGCAGUAUCAUCUUAGGCAAUGCGUGCAGGGUUCAGUUGUUGGCUUUGCAUGCUUUGUCACGCUUAUUUCCGUAAUGUACUGCUUUUCUGUUUUGCACAAAUCAUACACUUUCAUGUUAUUCACUGUAAGAUGUGAGUCGUGUAGAAUAUGCACAUUUAAUGUCUUCCAGUUGCCUUGUUUAUAAUUUAAAACUUGCAGUAAUAGAAAAUAUUGACACAUUCACAAUGAAAAUAAGUUUUUUGCCAUUAAAAAGAAAACUUAAAAAGUAGAAUGUAUCAUAUGGAGAGCACUUAUUCGCCUGUCACAAGUCCUAAUCUGCAGUCUGGUGACAUAAAUUUUCCACAAUUUGAAUUCGCUGUGCAUCACGUAAUCGUUUGUAUAUUGCCUUGCAGUAGCUUGUUACACUUUAUACAUUUUCAAAAUUUACUCAGUGAAAACUUACUUGCAGAGAGUGACCGUUCGAUCGGCUGUGCCUUCCCCCAGUCCAAGCUAUCUGUGUGUUCAGGCAAACUGCCACAGCAAAAGAUUGGUCCUGGCCAGAGGGAAUUUGAACUACUGUGUUAAAAAUCAUAUGAAGAGCUACACUGGGACAUUUCAAGAUUGUGAUCUUUAUUGGAACCAACUGUUGAGAAAUUGAGGUUAUGAUUGCUUUGGGCAAAACUCUGAUUGCGAGUCUGUAAUUUUUGGAGUCAAUUCAACAUUAAAUUUUGACUUAAAACUGCGGAAAUUCAUUUUCUUUGGUUAUUUUGGUAAAGUCACAUAGAUAGCAAAAAAUAAUAAAAGUAAAUAAUAUUAAAAACUACGAUGUUUCGAUCACAACACAAGCGAUCGUCUUUGGGAAAAAUAAGACGAUCGCUUGUAUUUUUCGAUUUAAAGCUUUCUUGGUUCUUUCGGUAAAGUCACGUAGAAGGGAAGUAAUAAAUUAAUAAAAAUAA